AUGGCCCGGCGGCGGCGCCGCGCCUGCAUCGCGCUGUUUCUGGUGCUGCUCUUCGCCUUCGGCACGCUCAUGGGCCUGCGCACGCUCAAGGCUCCCGAUGGGCUCCCGGCCCUGGGCCCGGGCCCGGAGCUGGCGCCCUUUGAGCGGCACCCGGAGGGGGCGCCUGCCCUCGCCGUCCGCGCCCCGGCCGCCCCCGCUGCCCCGCCGCCGCCCCCACCGGCGCCCCGCACUGCGGACCCCCGCAGCUCGUCCGGGCCGGGCCCCGCCGAGGCCGAGCCCGCCCCCGGGCGGAGUCUGAGCGUCUACUCAGACCUGCACGCCUUCUACUACUCGUGGUAUGGCAGCCCGCGACGCGAGGGCCACUACAUCCACUGGGACCACGUCAUGGUGCCGCACUGGGACCCCAAGAUCUCGGCCAGCUACCCCCGCGGCCGCCACAGCCCCCCGGACGACUUGGGCUCCAGCUUCUACCCGGAGCUGGGGCCUUACAGCUCCCGGGACCCCGACGUGCUGCGAGAGCACAUGACCCAGCUCAAGGAAGCGGCCAUCGUAUUCCCUUUGCCUGUCCUGAACCCAACAGCUCCAGGGCCCUGCUACUGGCCAGAGCUGCUGG